AUGCCUCCUGCGAUGGCUCCUUCGCCCGUCUACACCGGCGAGCAGCACUACGGAUCACAUCGACAGCGUGCAUACACAGUGCAGGACGAUGCACCUUCGAGCUGGAGCGACGCCUCUGCUCUGCCUUCCAUGCACCGCUCGUCUGACAGAGUGGGAGCCGUAGACGCGCCUCUGCCGACACUGCAGUCGCAUCCCUUGCUCAGUGAACAUGGCGAGCCACGCACCUAUACCUUGCACAUACGGCAGCAGCCCGCGCACGGCCGCAUGUUCGGCUUCCGCACAAAGGACCGGCGGCCGCUUGAUCCGCUCCCGAUCGUGGAGCUGGUCGUGCGCGACAGAGACGGCCGCGUCGAUCAUGUCGCACACACAAGCCCAGAUUUGCUCAUGCAGGUGUCGUUGUCCACAGAGCACUCGGGCGACAGAGAGCUCGUCACCUCUAGUGCCAAUCCCAGCACAGCGCUGCCCUACAGCCGCUUGCUCGAAGGCAAGCUCACGUCCAGUGGGCACAACGUCAAGGACCUGGACGGCACACGUGUUUGCCUCUUUGUCUUCACCGACCUGAGUGUGCGGGUCGAGGCGACUGUCCGCCUGCGCUUCUCUCUCGUGCGGCUAGGCGGGACGCGAUGGCAACCAGGUCUCUCCUCACACGCCGGCUCUGUCGUUGCAGAGAUCGACUCUGAUCCGUUCGUGGUGCACAGCUCGCGGACCUUUCCGGGCCUCAGCGAAUCGACCGAGCUGGCAAAGUGCCUCGCAGCUCAGGGUGUCGCGGUGCCCAUCCGCAACCAGAGCCGUCCCGGUGCCUCUGCCCUGGACUAG